AAUUAAAUAUGACUUCUAAAGUUCAUUCAUAAUUAAACGAAUCAGACAUAUAAAAAGUUACUUAUCCUGAUUUAGCUGAUGUUAGAUAUGAUUAAAACAGUGAAAAAGUAUUUAUUGGUAUACCAACUUAAAACUAUUAUAUACAAAAUGGUAUUAAACAUAUUUAUUUAAGGAAUCCCUAUACCUAAUGGAUUUCUCAUUACUCCAAUUUAUAAUAAUGAAACUCCUUGCACUAAUGUUCCUUUUGAUGCUCAAGGAUCAAUCAUUCCAAUCUAAAUAUAAUGCAAAUAUUGUCGUAAAGUAGGAACCACAAUUAUGCAUCAUAAAGCUGGUCCAUAAACAUGGAUUGUUUCAUUUUUGCUAUUUAUUUUCUUUUUACCAUUAUUCUUUUUACCAUUUCUACUUGAAAAUUGCAAGGAUAAAGUACAUUACUGUCCUAAUUGUGGACAAUGUGUUGGCAAAAAAAAAUACAAAUUAUGCAACAGUGAUUGAAAAUAUAAUUAUAUUCCAUAAUAUGUAUUAAAAAUUCAAAAAU